AUGUCGACCACACAGACGGAAAAGAAUCUCGUCCCCCACGUGGAGAUCUUCCAUAACGAAGAGAUAAGCGCUGAGAUCGGUGUCGACAAGACGGCCCAGGAUGAGCAGCUCCAUAUAGAGUCCUUUACGAAGAAAGAGGAACGCAAGCUUGUACUGAAACAAGACUUGAUCAUUUUGCCGCUUCUCGCGCUAGCCCUCUUCUUUGGGUACCUGGAUCGCGGAAACAUCGGCAACGCGCGAAUCCUCGGGAUGCAAAAGGACCUCGAGCUCACUGCUCAGCAAUACUACAAUAUUGUCAUGAUGUUUUUCCUGGGGUAUAUGGUCGUUGAACUGCCAGCAGGCCUGGCUCUGCGUUAUUUCCAUCCGCGAUGGGUGUUUGGGAUCGCCGUCAUUAUCUUUGGAGUGUCUGCUGCCUCUGCUGCUGAAGCCAAGCACUACGCCACCUUGAUGGGUCUGCGCGUGGUGAUUGGUCUUGCGGAAGCGUUUGUCAACAACGCCUAUAUUUUUAUUUCACUGUGGUACAAGCACUCUGAACUUGCAUUACGGACAGCAUUAAUCUAUUCACUCACGCCAGUUGCUGGAGCAUUCAGUGGUAUUAUUUCCUACGGUGUAGGCAAGAACUUGGAGGGCUCUUCGGGCAUCAGGGCGUGGCAAUGGCUAUUCAUCAUCGAGGGAGUGAUCACAGUGGGCAUGGGGUUCGUGAUCAUGUCUCUACUCCCUGGCUUACCCGAAACCGUCUCCAACAAAGGACACUUUCCCGGGUUCCGUAACCACAGACAGCGCCAGCUGAUCCUCGCAAGGUUGAGAUCUUCUCAGAACAGUGCGGGCGCCAAGUUUCGCUCACGACAAGUCAUCAUCGCGCUCAAAGACCCCAAGAUCUAUCUCGGGGCUGCCAUGAUUGGAUGCCAGGGUGUCGGCAUCGGUGCCUUUGGCGUCUUUCUUCCGACCUUUAUCAGCGAAUUCGGAUUUGGACCCUUGGAGACGCAGCUGUAUUCGAUGAUUCCAUACGCAUUUGGACUGGUUGGACUCCUCAGCUGCUCCUGGUUGGCCGACCGACUGGGGCGCAAGGCCAUGGUGCUCCUGGCGUGCCUUUCAACCACCAUCACAGGCUUCAUCAUCUUGCUGUCGACGACGAACAAGGUGGCCCUGGUUGCCGGGGCUUGCUUCGUGACGACGGGAGCGUACCCGGGUCUGGCCAUUGGCGUGGCGUGGUAUCUGCCCUGCCACGGCGGCUACACCAAACGCGCGACGAGUGUCUGGAUGAGCCAGAUCUUCGUGCAGAGCUACAGCAUCAUCUCGACGCAGACGUACCGUGACCCCCCGCGCUUUAUCCUGGGACAUGGGGUGUCGCUUGGCCUGUACGGCGUCGGAGUGGUGUGCGUGUUGGUCCUGUACCAGAUCUGCAAGCGAGCCAACGCGGCCAAGACACGACGGGCCGAGGAAUACGAGGCGCAAGGGAUCGAGGAUCCGCUGGCGUCCAAGGACAUUGAAGAGCUGUGCGACUAUCAUCCAAAGUACAUAUACGCGCUGUAG